AGUCAUGGCAGUAAGGAGCCCAAAAAAAUUGAUUCGGAAUACACACGUAAGGUACAGGGAAAUGGGUUUCGCCUGCACCCGACCUUCUUGGCCCUUUGGGGUACAGAUAAUACCCCAAAGAGUCAAGAAGGUCAGGUGCAGGCGAAACCCAUCUCGAAUGUAUUUAUGGGCCGAGAUUCGUUUCGUUGUCGACGUAAGCUGAAGCUUUCUGAGCAAGAAAUUCGAUGUAUGUGCAAUUUUACAUUUUGCAAACGACAUCGAGAACCCUCGGCACACAACUGUGUAAUCGAUUAUAAAGGAUGCGGAAGAAGCAAAAUCACGAAGGUAGACAUUGCUAAAUGCAAGUGCCACUUGCAAGGUUCAGGUGAAUUGACAGCACCUGUUGCAGGAGAAUCCGAAAGUGAAGGCCGAAAAGACCCGGAAAGCGCAAAUUUGAAACUGAAAGCAGAUGAAAACAAAAAUCAAAAGAAGCUGGCUGGUUAUCAAAACUGGAAUAGUAUUGGUUAA